AUGGGUCUUCUUUCGCUGACCUACCGUCGCCCUCAAUAUGUGGAUGACAGCUCCUUCCGGGACAGCAUGUCGUCUCUUAACGAGAAGAGCAGCAGUUCCCUUCGUUCUGGCAGGUCUGGCACGACAGGCAUACCCGAGUCGCUCGCUUUCGACAGGAUCAUGAAUGGCGGCACUUGUCCUCCAUGCACCGUGAGAGACUUUAUGAACUAUUUGAUUUACAUCGAACACUCGGCCGAAAACCUUCAGUUCUUUCUCUGGAUCAAGGAUUAUGAGAAGCGUUUCGCCAACGCCAAGCCAUCGGAGCUCGCUCUCGCGCCGGAAUGGACUCAAGAGAUGGAAGAUGAGACCAUUGCCAAUUUACGCAAGGAAAAGGCCGGUGCCUUCCGUCAGGCCAAGCCUGGUCACGAAAUAUUCAAGGGCACCGACUUCGAAAAGAAGGCAAACGGCCCUCCCAACCCUCAUUCUGCCGACCCCAACCCGUUCUCCACCCCACCGCGCACACCAGCCGGACAGAACGACGUCGACUCGCUCUUCAGCUCAUCUCAAGGCAUGUCCGUCGUCGGUACAUUCCGUUCGCAGGCCACCGAGGCGUUUGCCAACGCUGGUGCGAAGCAGCCAUUCACCAUUCAGCCCUUCCGCGAGGAGAUUGACCGUAUCGUCGCCACUUAUAUUAUGGAAGGUGCCCCACGACAGCUGAAUGUCUCCGACCGAGAGCGCAAUGCCGUCCUGCACGGCCUGGCUUACACCACGCACCCUAGCGCGCUGCGAAUCAUCUUCAAGUCGAUCGACCACUCACUCCGCCACCAGGCUCAUCCCAACUUCAUCCGUUGGUCCAUCUGCAACGGCAACCCGGCUCGUGUCUUCUUCGCACGAUUCCUGGGCAUCUUCCUCAUCGCAGCUUCUCUCGUUGCAGCAAUCAUCCUGACCCUCAGCAGUGCGCCACGCGGCUAUCGUGCCAUCCCCGCCAUUGGCUUUGUUCUCGGUGUCUCAACGUUGGUGGCAGCGUGGAAGGGCAUGUGCGUGGUGCUUCACGGCAUGCACCACCGACACGUCAGACCCUGGGAACUCUUCAUCGACAACGAGGGCGAGUGCGACCUCUCCAAGACGAGCUUCGAGUCGUUUGGUUCAGGCAACAGCUACGAGACGGAGCCCUGGGUUGUCAAGUACGAGAAGCGCAACACUGUGCGCAAGGUGUUUGACCGCGAAGUGUGGAUCCAGGAGCCAGCGCUGCGCCAGAUCCAGGACACGAUCUUUGUGCAAGCCAUGUUGUGCGCGCUGCUGGCGGCCGGUGUCUUGACGGCCAUCUUUGUUGCUGUUCCAGGGGGGAGACUGAUCCUCGACCGCCAAUUGAUUGAUGCUCGGCACCGACACCUUGCCAUCACGAGCCUUUGCGCCGACCCUCUCCCCACACGCGACUCGGCAAGCAGCAGGCCACCAGCAGCCGCUGUCACACGAGCCAUCAUCACCAUGUCGCCCGUCCUUGUCGAUGACGGCUCUGCCAUAGAGGACGUCGCGUCGCACCAGCACCAGGCCACACAGACAUCCACGACAGAAGCACCUCUUACGGGCAGGCCCAGGACGAUGACGACAACCGAAGAGAUCGACAGCACCAUCAUCCGUCCGGGUUCGGUGCGCAUCAACGUCAAGGGCGCCUUCAUCGUCGACCCAGACUCGAGCUCCCCGAAAGACCCUGCCGCCGCCGCUGCCGCCGCCGCCGCCACUGGCAGAAUAUCGCCCACACAUCACGAAACGAGCGACAUUCGUCUGCCGAACCACACGGCUGUCGUGAGCCAUAUUGCUGUCGACAUCGGCGGCUCCCUCAUCAAGCUCGUCUACUUCUCUCGUGAGGCCCACUCGAAAGAGCCCGGCGGCCGCCUCAACUUCCUCAACUUUGAAACCGACCGCAUAGACGACUGCAUAGAAUUCAUGCGCCACCUCAAGGACAAGCAGCAGACACUCAAUGGAUCACAACCUGGCGCCCUCAGCGUCAUGGCCACGGGCGGUGGCGCCUUCAAGUUCUACGACAAGAUCAGGCAUGUCCUGGGCGUCGACGUCUUGCGCGAGGACGAGAUGGAGUGCCUCAUCAUUGGCCUCGACUUCUUCAUCACCGAAAUUCCCCGCGAAGUCUUCACCUACAGCGAGACGGACCCCAUGCACUUUGCCUCGCCCUCCGACGACAUCUACCCCUACCUGCUCGUCAACAUUGGCUCCGGCGUCUCCAUGCUCAAGGUCUCGGGCCCCCGUCAGUACCAGCGCGUCGGCGGCACCUCCCUCGGCGGCGGGACUCUCUGGGGUCUCCUCUCCCUGCUGACCGGCGCCCGCUCCUUCGACGACAUGCUCGACGCUGCCGAGCGCGGCGACAACUCCAAGGUUGACAUGCUCGUCGGCGACAUCUACGGCACCGACUACGGCAAGAUCGGCCUCAAGAGCACGACCAUCGCCUCCUCCUUUGGCAAGGUCUUCCGCAUGAAGCGCGAAGCCGAACACGAGGCCGAGGACCACGGCGGCCUGCACAACGGCGACUCGUCGGCCGCCGCCAGCGACGCCGCCCGCCACCCGCUCGACGCCGAGCACGACGCCGCCCACGCGGCGCCGUUCUCGGGCGGCGACAUCUCGCGCUCGCUCCUGUACGCCAUCUCCAACAACAUUGGCCAGAUCGCCUACCUGCAGUCCCAGAUCCACAACCUCUCGCACAUAUACUUUGGCGGCUCCUUCAUCCGCGGCCACCGCCAGACCAUCAACACGCUCUCCUACGCCAUCAAGUUCUGGUCCCAGGGCGCCAAGCAGGCCUACUUUCUCCGCCACGAGGGCUACCUCGGCGCCGUCGGCGCCUUCCUCAAGAGGCAGCCGCGGAACUGGGGCCGCAGGGGCAGUUUCGAGGAUGACGUUGGGCUCGAGGGUCGGCUGCGGCAGCGCGCGAGGGGCCACGACCCGGAGAUGCAGGCCCUUGUGGACGACUACGCGGAGGACUCGUCGGGGGCGCCAUGA